UAUAAGGCCCUCGUAAAUAAAUAAAGCAACGUGCAGCGAUCCUAAAAUAGUUAUAAUUCAUAAAACCAAUAUUAAAAUGGCAAAAGUAGAGUCAAAAAUCGUGUUACCUGAAACAGAUUCAGAAAGUGAAUUAGAUGAUAUAGAAGAUGACGAGAAUCGUUUAAGCGAUGAUGAAGAAUUUCCAAUUUCUGAUGAUGAAAAUGACGAUGAGCCAGAAGUAGAUACUAAAAAGACAGGAUGGGCUAAUUCAAUGGCUAAAAUCCUCAAUUCAGAGAAAUCAGAAGUAUUGUCUAAAGCAAAAAAGGUUGAGGAUUUAGAGAAAAAGAAGAAAAAGCAAAGUUACACAUUUGAAAUUGAAGGCGAACAGAAGAAAGAAGGUGAUGAGCUUAAACCAAGUGAGGAACAACUUCAGACAGCAUUAGCUAGGAAAAAACGGAGAGAAAGGCGCGAUGGAAAAAUUAGAGCCUUGAAUCUGCGAUUAAAACCAUCCGUUGCUGAUCUUGACAGAGAGAGAACAUUAAGGAAAAUAGCAACAAAAGGUGUCGUCCAAUUAUUUAAUGCAGUAAAAAGUCAGCAUUCAGAUUUGGAACAAAAGUUACAGUCAACAAAAUUAGAGAGCAAACGUGAUGAAAUCAUUAGAAGUGCAGAUAAUAAGAAGCAUUUCCUCGACACACUCAUGUCUGGUCCACGAGCAAAAUCAGAGCUAGUUGAUAAACGUGUAAAGAAAGAGAAAAAGAAGGAAUCAUCAUCAUCAGACGAAGAAAGCAAUAAGAAAUCAACAUGGAGCGCACUUAGAGAUGAUUUUAUGACAGGUAAAAAGGUUGGCUGGGACAAAGAAGAUGACGACGAUGACGAGUCAGAAAACAAUGAAAUGAUGAGUGAUUCGGAAUAAAAUUUAAUUAUAAGGUGUAAAAAAAGGAUUCUAUGAAAUAAAAUUU